GUGCCUUGGCUGCUAGUGCACCUGUCACAUUACCUGGGCUCCUCCUGCAACAAAAGUCCUAUCCUUUGCGACCGGAUUUCGAUACAUGCGUUUCCGACCAAACAUUGCUCUGAUCUCACGCCCACAAAUUUGGAACACCCUCCAGACCUCCAUCCACACAUUUCCCCGUUAUGGAUACGUCACAAUUUAACAUGGCUGGUGCCUCCGAGCCCGCCGACCAGCUCGAGCAGGACCAGGCGCAGAGCAUGGAUCUCCCUACACCCACUCAGCAUGGCAUGGUCGCCGGUGCGGACGAGACCACGAUCGCAAAUGGUUACAGCAGCGACUCCCGCGCCCACUACUCUUCCCACGACUUCCAGUCCCCCGCGCGAGAUUACCACUCGCAAGACGGCGAAGCCCCUCGAUCGAACUAUCCCUCGCAAUUGCCUUCCUCUUCAAGGCCCAGCUCCGGCCACUCCAACCAUCCAGACCGUCUCAUAUCACAACCGUCACAGGAUGUCAGCCACAAGCAAACAUCGUCGCAAGCGAAGAACAGUGUGGUGAUUAAGGUGGGGAUGGUCGGGGAUGCUCAGAUCGGAAAGACGAGUCUUAUGGUGAAAUAUGUGGAAGGCAGCUGGGAUGAGGAUUACAUUCAGACUUUGGGUGUCAACUUCAUGGAGAAGACCAUCUCGAUCCGGAAUACGGAGAUCACAUUCUCGAUUUGGGAUCUUGGUGGCCAGCGCGAGUUUGUCAACAUGCUUCCUCUCGUCUGUAAUGACGCAGUGGCGAUUCUCUUCAUGUUUGACCUCACGCGCAAGAGCACCCUGAACUCGAUCAAGGAGUGGUAUCGCCAAGGUCGUGGAUUCAACAAGACUGCCAUUCCCUUUUUGAUUGGCACCAAGUAUGAUCACUUUGUCAACUUUCCCCGGGAGGACCAGGAAGAAAUUUCCAUUCAGGCCAAGCGCUUCGCCAAGGCCAUGAAAGCCAGCCUGAUCUUUAGCAGCACUAGCCAUAGCAUCAAUGUCCAGAAGAUCUUCAAGAUCGUCCUCGCCAAAGCUUUUGACCUGAAGUGUACCAUCCCUGAAAUCGAAAAUAUUGGCGAGCCUCUGUUGUUGUACAAAAAUGUUUGAAAGACACGACAAAAACGAAGUGGGAUGAACGAUUACGUGCCUAGGACGACGUGAUGUUGAUGAACGAAGUUUUCCCUCCUCUGGGUGGUAAGAUACGGUGGCUCCUUCUGCCGGAUCCUCGAGGAUCAGAGCUAGACUGGUCCGUGUUGGUGUUCUUUUUCAAUCCUGUUUUUUUUUUUUCAAUCACCCUCUCUUAUUUCCAUCUUGUCCUUCAUAAGCAUUGGGGUGCGCCUGGAUUUUCCU